AGCCGCAUGCAUUGCGCGUGAAUUCCCUGAUACUUGGGUGACCGAAACUAGGUCAAAUGCAGCGGACUCACUCUUUAUGAGGACUGGUGCUCGGGAGUGGUACACGCAGCCGACCCGUCGGUUCGCAUCGACUGGGACAGAGUUAACCCUUUUGAAAAAGCCCUCACCUUUCUAUCCAUAGCUGACGUGGAUAUCGUGCUCCAAUCUGAACCUCUUCUCCUGCUCUGGAGGAGAGCUGGCUUUAUCGUGUAAUUGGCCCGGAAGGCCUGCCUCCAGGCGGCAUUCCUCGUAGUUUCGAGGAGGCUUCUCAGAUAAUAAGGCCUUGAGGCGGCACUCCACAUGGGGGGGUGCUUGUCUCAGCCCAGCGGCGAUGCCAAGUCGUCCCACUACCCGGACAAGAAGCCCUUGGGCCAGGGGUUUCCAGAGUACACAUACGACGAGAUGAUGCUCAUGACUGACCGCCUCAAGAAGCCCAUCGGCCAGGGGGCUUCGGAGUCGUGUACAAGGGCUUCCUGCAUGACACAGCAGCAGCGGCAGCAGCUGCUGCUGCUGCUGCUCCGGCUGGGGCUGCUGGCGAGGGGAGUGAAGCGGAAGGGGAAGGGAAAGGAGGGGCGGAAGGUGCGGCGGCACAGGUUCUGGUGGCUGUGGCGGUGAAAGUUCUGGAUAACGAGGAUGUGGAGCUCAAGGACGACGAGCAGUUCCAUGCGGAGCUGAUGGCAAUGGAGCAGCUGUCGCACCCAACAUCCUGUCGCUCUACGGCUACGUGUCCGGACCCACCCCCGCCCUCAUAUACGAGUUCAUCCCCAACGGCAACGCUGAGGCUUAUCUUAGAAAAGCCCACCCCUGCCCUCAUCUAUUGAGUUCAUC